UGCCUUUUGCUUUCUCUGCUUUCUCUGCAGUGCUGCUUAUCAUCCAAAACUUUCUUCAUCUUCUCGCUCCAAGUAAACCAUCAUGAGUCGUGUUUCCUAUCGAACAUCCUCCGGAGGAGCUAGCAGAGGCUUUACCUCCGGCUCUGCAAUUGUUGGUGGUAGCGGUGGUGGGAGAGGCAAUUUCAGCUCCUACUCGGUCUCUCGAGUUGGAGGAGCAAGAGCUGGAGGGGGUGGCGGCUAUGGAGUUGGCGGAUUUGGCAGCCGAAGCCUGCACAACAUGGGCGGAAGCAAGCGAAUUGCCUAUGGUACCGUUUGUGGAGGUCUAAGAUCUGGCUAUGGUGGAGGAUAUGGCAUUGGUGGAGGAUCUGGUUUUGGUUUUGGCAUGGGUGCAGGUGGAGCUGGCUAUGGCAUGGGUGGUGGUGGAGCUGGCUAUGGCAUGGGUGGGGGUGCUGGGGGUUUUAUGGUAGGUGGACCAGCCUUUGUAAGAGGUGGUCCAGGUUUUCCAGUUUGCCCCCCUGGUGGCAUCCAAGAAGUGACCAUCAACCAGCAACUCUUGCAACCUCUCAAUCUUGAGAUUGACCCAGAGAUUCAGCGAGUGCGUUCUCAAGAAAGAGAACAGAUCAAGACACUCAACAACAAAUUUGCCUCCUUUAUUGACAAGGUCCGAUUCUUGGAGCAGCAAAACAAAGUCCUUGAGACCAAAUGGGACCUCUUACAACAGCAAGGGACUCAAGUUCGGCAUCACAACAUUGAGCCUCUUUUUGAGGGAUACAUCAACAACCUCAGGAGGCAACUUGAUUCUCUAGUAAAUGAACGGGGAAGACUGGACUUGGAGCUGAGGAACAUGCAAGACAUGGUGGAGGACUUUAAGAACAAAUAUGAAGAUGAAAUUAACAAGCGAACAGGUGCAGAGAAUGAAUUUGUGGUGCUCAAGAAGGAUGUGGAUGGCGCCUACAUGAAUAAGAUUGAACUUGCUAGCAAAUCAGACUCACUGAAUGAUGAAAUUGAGUUCUUGAAAGCACUGUUUGAAGCGGAAUUAAGUCAAAUGCAGCAGCAAGUGUCAGAUACCUCUGUCGUAUUGUCCAUGGACAACAACAGAAGCCUGGACUUGAAUAGCAUAAUUGCUGAGGUCAAGGCGCAGUAUGAAGAUAUUGCCAACAGGAGCCGGACUGAGGCCGAAUCAUGGUAUCAAACCAAGUGUGCCAAACUUCAGGCAGCCAUUGCUGAGGCUGAAGAUCGUGGUGAACUUGCCCUCAAGGAUGCUAAGCAAAAGCUGAAUGAAUUGGAGGAAGCUUUACAAAGAGCCAAACAAGAACUUGCCCGGCAACUCAAGGAAUAUCAGGAGCUCAUGAAUGUCAAACUGGCCCUCGACAUCGAGAUUGCCACCUACAGGACGCUGCUAGAAGGAGAAGAAAUCAGACUGCAAGAAGGCGUUGGAAAUGUCAGCUAUUCUGUAGUCAGCAACACCACUACCACUGGAUAUAGUGGUGGAAGUGGCCUGUCCGUGGGAGGAGGUUUCGGCGCAGGAAGUGCUGGAGGGUUCGGAGGAGGAUACGGAGUUGGAGUCGGUGGCGGUGGCGGUGGCGGCAGUGGCUACGGCAUUAGCGGUGGCAGCAACUAUGGAGGAGCCGGUUAUGGUUCAGGGUUCGGCAGCGGAGGUGGGAGCAUGUACAGUAGUGGAGGAGGUCGCCAUUCCUCAGGUGGUGGAGGAGGAGGUUCCAGUGUAAAAAUUGUAUCAAAAACCAGUACAAGCAGGAAAUCUGCCUACUAAAGUUGAGUCCUCUCCUCCUCCUCCUCCUCCUGAAUGACAAUUCGCUUCACCAUGCACAUCAUGCCUGUCGUGUAAAUAAUGGCAAGGGAAAACAAAACCAAAAAAAAAUGCGCUUUUCCUCUCUGACACUUUCACCUUUUCCAUCAAGGCCUAGCUCUAACAUUAGCCUGGAUAUCUGCAUCCACAUCCAAUACACUCGAUCUGUUCCUCUGUUGGAACUUGACCUGUCAUGGCUGAAACACAAGUUUCUCCACCUGGCACAGCUUUAGCAGGGAGGCCACAGUUGGUUCACAGAAGGAAAUGCAACCCCAUUAAGCGAACCGUUUGUGGAAUUGUUUCAAGAAGGGCCUCAGAUCAAGAGAGUCUCUAUGUAGAUCAGAGAGAGGGUUGUGAGCAGGUAUACAAAAAGAAGGUCUGCGGUAUCCCAUUCCAACGUUACUUCUCCAAUUGCGGCAUCAGCCAUUCAAUGAAUAUCAGAAAUCCAAUGGGUGUAAAUCUUGUGCCAAACAUUUCUCUAACAAAACCGGUUUCUGCAACCCAGCCUUAUUCACCUACAUCAGUGUCUUUUAUUUUGUGCAAGAGACAUUCCAGUUUGCCAGCUAUUGUACUCCUGGGUAUGUGCAAAAUAAGGGGGGGGGGGGACAUGCAGAAAACCAGUAAUUGUGAACACCUUUUUUGUUUUUUUGAUACAAUGUGUUAGCUCUGAUAUUUAAAAAAAGAUUAAUGAGGGUUUCUAGACUAGCAAACUUCAUGGGCUUGUCUCAUUCCAAACAACAUUUCUGAUCUUUUCUCCUUUUUGAGCAUAUUCUUUGGGUUUUCAGAUGGAGUCUAUAUGAAGCUACAAACUAUUUUAACCAUGCACUCUUCCGAAGUAAAUUAGCUUUGAGACACAAAUGAUCUGUUCUCUUGCAAUGUUCUGCAAUGUUAUGUUUCCACACAGGGUGUUUACCGGUAUGUUUCCACAGAUGAGUACUCAUUCUCAUUCUUUCUCUCUUCGUCACUUCUUUUCUUCCUUUCUUCAAUGUGAAAGCAAUAAUGGAAAAGGUGAUUGUUUCUGCUGCUGUUAUUUUAUGAAUUGUAAUGCUUGAUUCUACGCAAGUCUGCAUGACAAAUAAAGAGCAAUUUUAAUUUUUGAA